AUGUAUCGUAUUCUUCAACAACAUCCUCCCUCUUCGUCGACCACCUCCCUCCUCCCUCCAACAACCACCCUAACUCUGUCAACAACCACCGCCUUCAUUGAAGAUCCCUCGAUGAUUGAUAGAUUGAACAACGCGGUAGUUGCGUCAUUCGUCCCACUCGAAGUUCUGUAUAUGUGGAUUGGUUUGAGCUUCAAUGAUCGACCACCGACGGUGAUGGCGCCGCUGUUCCCCGGAUGUGAUUACGAGCAUAUAAUUGUUAAGGAAGCAGUGGAUAGUGUAGGUCCAAUCGAUGUUUUAGUUUGUAAUCAAGGCGUGUUUGUUGCUCAAGAGCUUGAGAAUCAGGAGAUGAAGGAGAUUAGAGACAUGAUUGAGAUAAAUCUGAUCGGGACUUUUAAUCUGGUUAAGGCGGCGUUGCCGGCUAUGAAGAGCCGGACUGAUCGGAAGCCAGUUUCGAUCGCAUUCAUGUCAUCUCAGGCCGGUCAGGUUGGCAUUUAUGGGUAUACAUCAUAUUCAGCUAGUAAAUUUGGGCUAAGGGGUUUAGCAGAAGCUCUGCAACAAGAAGUGAUUGCUGACAACAUUCAUGUUUCAGUUAUCUUCCCUCCAGACACAGACACACCUGGUCUUGCAGAAGAGAAUAAAAGAAAGCCACGUUUGACAAGCAUCAUAGCAGCAUCAUCAGGUGCAAUGAAAGCGGAUGAGGUGGCACAAAAAGCAUGGAGUGGGAUAAAAUCUGGGAGUUUUUUUGUCCCAUGUAAUUUGGAAGGAUUCAUGUUGUCAGUAGCUACUGCUGGUCUUUCCCCUCAAAGAUCAUAUCUCAUGGCUUUUGUUGAAGUUAUUUCAGCUGGUUUGAUGCGUGUUGCAGGGUUGUGUUUUCAAUGGUCAUGGUAUGUAAUUCAUAUGUGA